CGGCUAGUGACCGCCAGUGACUUGCUCAACACUGGUCCUAUCAAAAGUGUAAGCAGAACCACGACACGCAGAGUCGUGAUCACAGAGUAAGCGCCCAGUCUUUUCCCUUCCGCGUCGUCUCCAUCGUCUCGCUCAACGUCCAGCCGCACAGUUAGUUCACCUGUCACUCCUUGUUAACAGCUAAUACUUUAGAUCUGACUUGCGUCCUGAUUGGAGAAAUGCUAAUAAUAAGUAGCCAACGAUAUAUAGCUUUGGACUUAGCCUAAUCCUCAGGCCUCAAGACCUGAUCAGACACAUCAUCCACGCAUCCUGCACGAGGUCAUUGGGAUUGAAGCCAGAUCCAUGCGUAGAGGCGCACCUAAUAUCGCCCCUCUUCGUAUCUCUCUUCGGAUCCUCCAUCUCCCCCAACAAACAUGUUGAUAUCCCAUCCGUCUAGUUCUUGCGAUGUGUGCUUGGAACCUUAUCGAUUCGAGUCAGACGGUUCUCUGGGGGUCAAUAAACGCCACCCUCACGUACUUCCUUGCGGCCAUGUCUUCUGUAAAGGAUGCUUGGACGGCAUUAUCGUAGCAUCGGAGAGCGACUGGAAAUGCCCCAUGUGUAGACACCCCUUUCGGCUUGCAGAUGCAAUCUCGAAACUACAUAUCGAAGGAUUGGAAGAAGAAGCCAGUGAUGAUUUACUACGAGCUCUAUACGAGGCAUGGGACUCUACUAAUGGUAGUCAUCUGAACGAUUUGGUCGUCCGAGCUGAAAAAAUGCUGCAAGGAAAGGAGGAGAUUGAGCAUGUUGGCCUGCGAAUUGCCUUGAAGGCUUUAUCUGAACGCAAAGCUAGGCGGUUCGAAGUGACAGAGAACGAGCGUAUUAUCCGCACAUACAGAAGGAUGCUAGGGAGUUCAACUCGAUCGGAGCAAGAAGAUCGUGUCGAGGAUGAGGAAGAAGUUGGUAGUGUAUUCACCGAAGUUGGGGAUGUGUUUCAAGGGCGGGACAAGAAUAAGUGUUCAGGCCCAGGCUUGUGGACGGCUCAGGCUUCUCGGAAACCACAGCACUGGAAGAGUCCUGGAAAACAAAGCCUAAACGGACGAAGAAAAUCAAAAUCAUCUCCGAUCCUCGAAGAAACGACACUCGACGUUGCAGCUUUGAGAAUCGACGACGAUGGUACUGAAAAGGAGAAGACAGAAAAAGCCUCGAGUCCGAAAGUACAGGAUCCAAUCAGAUUUAAGAAUACGCAACACGAAAGACGAAAGUCUUUGGGCCCUGGCAUUUCCCUAAUGUCGAACAGCACUUCAUCAAAGGCCAACGACAAGGACAUAUAUUAUUCUCGAAGACUUAGUUUGUUGUUUCGAUGAGUUGCUGUACGCUUCUCUUCCCGCCGUUACCC